UGCGAACAGUGCACCAAAUUAAUGGAGAUAUAAUUGUUCAGUUUAUUUACCUAGGUGGUUGUAAGUUUAGUAUACGUAUUUUUGAUAUCAACCUCAGCGAGAUCAAUUAUAGAGAGCGGUGUCGCCAUGUUGGGGAGAGUGUGGCAGGUCCAAGUAAAGUUAUUAUUGAUAUAUUAUCGGAUGAUGAAGGAGAAGAUUCAAGUAUGGAUUCUGUUGAUGAUUCUGAUUAUGAGGAUGAAGGUGAUGAUUAUGUUGACCAUGAGAUGUUGAUACACACUUUUGAUCUCACCGCUGAUCUAAUGAAUGGAUCCCGUCAUCUGACAAUUCCUGAUUACAUUCAGGUAGAAUGUUUCCGUGAUUUGAGUACUGAAAUCAAUGUGCUUCUUCCUAAUGGAAGUUGGAGAAGAUGGGAAAUCAUUUGGUACUCAUUUGGGGAGGAAAGAAGAGAAUCUGGCAUGAUGGGUGAGGUCCGUGGUCCAUGGUUUAAUUUCUAUAAGGAGAAUUUUUUUAGGCUUGGAAACACAGUUCGUCGACACAAGUUGCAGCUUUGGAAAAUGGGGUUACCAAAUUGUUAUAAGGUGGUUGUAUUGGUUGAGUAAUCUAUCACAGUGAAAUCUCAAUUGUGUCAUUUUUUUGGUGUAAAUGGUUCUCGAAUUGAUAUAAUAUGUUUUGGUACAAGUUUCCUGUUAUGUUUCAUGGUUUUUUCGUUUGAAGCUAUGAUGUUGGUAGAACUAGAGUUUGUUCAUACUCUUAUGGUCUUUAAUUUUGUGAACAAUUAGGAUAUUCUGUCAACUUAUGGUCUUUAAUUAUGUAUCAUAUUUUCACUCUAAUAAGUGUGUGUGUAGUUUCGUCAUAGAAGAGGUGCAAUUUGCAUGAUUGGUGAGGUAUGUUGCUCGUGGUUUCAGGUCUAAUAGAGUAAGUUUGAGAGGCUUGGAAAUUAUGUUGCAAAGCACAAGAUUCAGAUGUGGAGGAUGGUGCAGUCAGUUAGUUUUAGGGUGCAUGUUUACACUGUACGUGUAGGAUGAAGAAGGUGUUAUUUUGUU